AUGUCAUUCCUUACCUCCAAGGCAACCACUGCUUUGGCAAUUGCAGCAACCAUCCUCCCUGCCAGUGCCCAGCUCUACAACAAAGUCAUCAACAUCGAAUCCGGUCCUGUUCAGGGCUUCAAGUACUUCAAUGAGUCCACUCUCGAAAGCGUCUGGGGUACCAACAACAGCAACGUGGCUGCCUUCCUAGGCAUUCCUUACGCUGCCGACACUUCCUAUCAAAACCGCUGGAAGCCCCCAAAGCCCCGUCAGCCAUGGAAUGAAACCUUCAAGGCCGACUCCUAUGGCCUUCCGUGCCCCAGCUCGUGGGUGUCGGAGAUGAGCGAGGACUGCCUUAGUGUCAACAUCUGGACGGGCGCCAACUCGUCCUCGGAUAAGUUGCCUGUUCUGGUUUGGAACCAGGGCAGCGACGAGACCAGCAGCAACUGGGACUUUUCGGGCGGUGGUCUUGCCAUGAAAGGCGUUAUCGUGGUGACAUUCAACCGCCGCGAUGACGCGUUUGGAUAUCUUGCUCAUCCAGAACUGAACGCCGAGUCGCUGGCUGAAAAUGGCCACAACUCCUCUGGCAACUACGGCGUUCUCGACCACAAGUUUCUUCUUGAAUGGGUUCAGAAGAACAUUGCCCAUUUCGGUGGUGACCCGGACAGAGUCACUAUUGCUGGUCAAUCUUUCGGUUCAUCGCAGGUCUACCAUGCCGUCAACAGUGAGCUGUUCAGCGGCCUCUUCCACGGAGCCAUCUCCGAGAGUGGUCUGCGUUAUCCCUACGACCCCAUCCUGGCUGGAAUUGCCACUUCAUAUGUCACCAUGGAGGAUGCCAUUGCGUUUGGACAGAACUACACCCGCAAGCACAACGUCUCGUCUAUUGCUGAGCUGCGCACUCUGUCGACGGAAGAUCUUCUGCAAGGUUCUCAGGACCGGAACUACAACAUCUGGUGGGUGACCGCGUUGACGUGCCAGUACCCGCUCAUCUCCAAGCCUGUUCUGGAUGGAUACGUUCUGCCGGAGAAGUAUAUCGACAUUCUGAAGAGUGGUCCUGCCAACGAUGUUCCUCUCAUCACCGGAAACAACAAGGAUGAGAGCGGUGCGUCAACCUCGACCAACUACACCGUGGCUGAAUACAAGAACGACUGCACCCUCAAGUACGGCAAUCUGUCAGAAGAAUACUUCAAGCUGUAUCCAGCCAACAACAAAACCCAAGCCGACAUGUCCUGGAACGCCGCUGCCCGUGAUACCUCCGUUGUCUCUUCCUGGGCCUUUGCCAACGAAUGGGUCAAGAGCGCCUCCAACCCGUUCUACACUUACUACUGGGACCACGCUCCCCCGGGUCAGUCCCAGGGCGCCUACCACGAGUCGGAAGUGGGCUACAUCAUGAACUCGCUCUUCAACGGCGUGGACUUGUAUCCCUACACCUGGUACGACUGGUACCUGGCGGAUGUCAUGUCCAGUUACUGGGCCAACUUUGUCAAGACGGGCAAUCCCAACAACGGCGGUUCGUACAAGUAUGACAAUCUGACCUACUGGGCGCCGAAUGAUGGACACAGCCAGACUGUCUUUCAUGUCGGUCAGGCGUUUGGAAAUCGGUCGAUUGCGGAGCCGGAGCAGGUGAACUUCAUUAUGGAUUACUUUGCUCAACAGACUCCUUACUAG